UAUGAAAACAUAUAGUAUAUUAGGUUGGAGGCCAUCGCUAGUAGGUUGGAGGCCAUCGCUAUUAGGGGGAGCAGGCUUGUCAGAUCUCGUCACCUUUCUGCUGCCAGCCCUCUCAGCCACCUUCGCUCCUUUGCACCCCUUCGCUCCUGCGUUGAAAGCGCCAUGCGUGAGCUUGUGCAUGUCCAGGGAGGUCAGUGCGGCAACCAGAUUGGAGCCAAGUUCUGGGAGGUCAUUGCGGAUGAACACGGCAUUGACCCCACUGGAACAUAUCAUGGAGACUCCGACCUGCAGCUCGCCAUGCUUCCUUUUCGACCUGUUUGACCUCUGGAACCAGACCGCAGAAGGUCCUUUUGCCGUGGUGGUCCUUUCCAUGACUUCCGCGCCUCAUGUUUUUUCGAUCUUCCUCUCCUGGACCAAUUUCAACGGGUGCCGCCAGGAACGCAUCAAUGUCUAUUUCAACGAAGCCACGGGAGGGCGCUACGUGCCCCGUGCAGUCUUGAUGGAUUUGGAGCCUGGAACCAUGGACAGCGUUCGUGCUGGGCCAUUCGGACAACUUUUUCGUCCGGACAACUUUGUCUUCGGCCAGACGGGCGCGGGCAACAACUGGGCAAAGGGACACUAUACGGAGGGAGCCGAACUGAUUGAUUCAGUUUUGGACGUGGUGCGAAAGGAAGCAGAAGGCUGCGAUUGCUUGCAGGGCUUCCAGCUUUGCCACUCGCUGGGUGGUGGAACUGGCGCAGGCAUGGGAACGCUAUUGAUCUCCAAGGUCCGAGAGGAGUACCCAGAUCGCAUUAUGGAGACCUUCUCCGUGAUCCCAUCACCAAAGGUGUCAGACACGGUCGUGGAGCCUUACAAUGCAGUCCUCAGCUUCCAUCAGCUAGUGGAGAACUCAGAUGAGUCCUUCCUGCUGGACAACGAGGCAUUGUACGACAUAUGCUUCCGCACGUUGAAGCUGACCACACCAACCUAUGGUGACCUGAACCACUUGGUGUCUGCAGCCAUGAGCGGUGUGACUUGCUGCUUGCGCUUCCCCGGACAGCUGAACUGCGACUUGCGCAAGAUCGCGGUGAACCUGGUGCCCUUCCCUCGUUUGCACUUCUUCAUGACUGGCUUUGCACCUCUGACUUCUCGCGGCUCCCAGCAGUAUCGUGCUCUCACGGUACCUGAGCUGACGCAGCAGAUGUUUGAUGCCAAGAACAUGAUGUGCGCAGCAGACCCUCGUCACGGCCGAUACUUGACAGCCGCGGCCCUCUUCCGUGGCCGUAUGUCAGCUAAAGAGGUGGACGAACAGAUGCUCAAUGUUCAGAACAAAAAUUCUUCCUACUUUGUUGAAUGGAUUCCGAACAACAUCAAGGCCUCCGUUUGCGACAUCCCACCAAAAGGGCUCAAGAUGGCAGUGGCCUUCGCCGGCAAUUCGACCGCUAUCCAAGAGAUGUUCAAGCGGGUGGCAGAGUACUUCACUGCCAUGUUCCGCCGCAAGGCCUUCUUGCAUUGGUACACAGGCGAGGGUAUGGACGAGAUGGAGUUCACUGAGGCGGAGUCAAACAUGAAUGACUUGGUCUCGGAGUACCAGCAGUACCAGGAUGCUACAGCCGAAGAGGAGGGUGAGUUCGAUGAGGAAGAGGGCAAUCCGAGCUGCAUGAAAAUUGGCAGAUGUUUUGGUUUCUUGGCCGCUUGCAAACUUUGCACCACCCUCUUGCAGAAACAGCCUGCCAACUCGUUGGUCCGCGCACUACAUGCCGUUGCAUUGGAGCGCUGCGGCCGCCGAGAUGAGGCCAUUCGGCUUUGCCAAGAUACGGUGACGGCAGGCAUUGCGGCUGAAAAGAACGUGGUGGCCGCAAUGGACGAUACCUGCGUCAACACUUUGCAGGUUGUGCUGAGGCGCUGCCGGCAAUGGGAGCAAAUCCUGCAGAUGUACGAGGCCGCUUGGAACAAGGAUUCAGAUGCUGAAGAGUUUGGCAUUUCGGUGUUCCUGACGGCAGUGCAUUGCAAGGACUUUGUCAAGGCUCAGCAGGUGGCCAGCAAGCUCUACCAGAAGCACAAAAAGUCUCAAUACCUUUUGUGGGUUGUUGCGGCUAUUCUACUGCAGGUUCGGGCGGGCGCUCCGCCCAAAUUGUUGGACCUUGCAUCUAUGUUUCUGCAAAAGGCUCCAUUGGACCUGGCUUCUCUGAAGGGCAAAGUACCCUUCAACCGAGGCCAACUCUACUUGUUUUUUCUCCACUUGGGCACCUUGCAGCUGCAGCAGAAGCAGGCCGAGGCGUUGCAACUCCUGGAGGACUGCCAAUCCCUCCUGAAGCUGCCCUCCGAUGUCUCUGCCCUGCGGGUCCAGCUUCUAUGGGAGGCUGGUCGCCGGAAGGAGGCGGUCUGCGAGGCACGGGAGCAGCUGGUGGCCAAUCCAGGUAGUUGGGCUCAUGCACAGGACUAUGCUCGAAUGGUCUUCGACUGUGAAGGAGCUCAGGCUGGCCGCUUGGUUGAUGUGGACCCGGUCGAGUCCAUGGAGGAGGUGGAUGCCCGUCGCACAGAAGAUGAGGUGCAGAAUGCCCUGCUUCUCUUCCGCCACUUCCAGCAGGUGAAGGAGCAGAGCGUGGCCACGGGCGGUGGCAGUGGGGUGAAUCGCGUGGCCUUCCUGGGAGAGCUUGAGCUGCGCAGGUGUGCUUUAGCUAUGUCCGGACCGGACGAGGCCAACCAUACAGAGGAGCUUUUGAAGGUCCUUUCGGCCUUCAUCCAGCACUUCUCCGGGAGGGCUCAUUGCUUUUUCGACCUCAAGCCGCACUUGUCAUGUCUCUCAGCGGCAGACGCGUUGCCUUUGCUCUCGGCAGCUGGACAAGGCCGCGAAGCGGUGGUGCUCACGGCACGGCUCCGUCGGGCCUUUCGACCAGCUCAUUUGCCAGAAGAUGCGAGUCAGAGAUCUGCUGCAGAGGUGUUGGAAGCUCGCCGAUUGAUUGAGAGCUGGCAGGAACUGGGAGGUGCUGCAGGUGGGCCUGAAGCACUACUCCAGUUGGCAGUGGUGGCUUUCAUCGAGGCUGACCGGUGGUCUUGCAACAAGGCCACAGACCGGCAGCACCUUUUGGAUGCCAUUGCGCUUGCACACAUGGGCCUUGCGCAACAACCUCUUGCCUUUGGUUUCAAGGUGCUGCUCUUGCUGCUCUACAAAGCCCUAGACCUCCCACAACUGAUGAUGAAGUUGUUUAGCACCAUGGACAUCAAGAAUAUCCAGCACGAGAGCCUCUCCUACCUGGUCCUUGAUGCUGCCAACGGCCCCGAGCAGAUCCAACAGGUCUGCCGCAGUAUCCUGGCGUUUCACGAGGACUUGGACAAGGACGGCGGAGAUGCCUUGACCGGCGCAUUUCAGGUGCAAGGAAUCCUGUGCCGAGCCCCUGAAUAUGCUGAUGGACUUCUAGAGGUGAGCCGUAGCUUGAUGUGGGGCAGAGCCAUCGUGGAGGAGACGGCCUGUGAGCUGGCUGCCAGCAGCUGGGAAGCUUUGGAAUGCAGGCAACUGCGUGUGCUUGCUCGAGUGGCAGAGCAGCCGCCAGAGCAAUGGGCUUGGAGGAACCAGGAUCGAGCCCUCCUGAAUGGCUUACAGCCCCUUCCACAGGUGAACCCUCGUGAUUUGCUGAACAAAGAGGCCCUGCGUCCAAUGCCCAGCUCCUUGACGUCCUUCGCCGCCUCGUGGGGAUGCCAAUCCUCCACUCCGCCGAACGGCCAGGGCCGUGACCACGCGCCACGAGGAGGUGGUGCUGCAGAGCUCCUGCUCCAUGGUCCCAGUUCGCUCUCAGAACUGGGGCCGCAGCUGGCACUGAAGGCCUCGCUGCUGCAGGUUGUUGGACAGCUGUUGACGGGGCCUGAGAAGGAGCCUGUGGCCAAGUCUAUGGCCUUUGCACAUGCGGCCUUUGAGCUCUUGGGUGGCGAACCCACCAUGGCUGCAGCAGCUUCAGCCGCCGCCGUGGACGCAGCUGCUGAUGGCAGCUGCUGGGGCAACACCGAGGGCGCCUUCAGGACGUUUGUGAACCUUUGCAGCUACAGCUCCUGCCACUCUGCCAUGAUGGUGCUUCAAUCUGGGGCUGAGGCAUCAGAGCAGGUGGCCUCGAAAUUGGAAGCGAUCACGUCGGGCAUAAGCAGCGUGCUGCUGUGUUUGCGGCCCAGUGACUUCGCCCCACCAUCUCGAGAGGAGAAAGAGAAGGAGGACGUCUGGAGUCCCUAUGUGUUGGGCUCCUUUGGCCAUCGGGCACUUGGGCUUUGGCUCAGCAGCCUCACCGUGGUGAUCCCCGUGCUACUCUGGCUGGGAACUGCAUUGCCAAAACCGGCCAAGAAGGCCAAGGCUGGGGAUACUACGCACCAGAGCCGUUUGGCCCUCCGCGAUUUGCUGCAGUUGCUGCAGCGCAUGCUCACCGAGCUCCAAGCCGAUCUGACGCGCGCGGCCAGCGACGCGGCCGCUGCCGCGCUGGGCGAGGCAGGUGCCUCGGUGGUCGCCGACGGCGUGGAAAGUUUCGAGGAUGCGGUGAAGGAAGCGGCGAAGGCGCUGGUGGAAGCGCACCAGGCACAGUUGAAGAGUCUGGCGGAGAUUUGUGGGCAACGAUUGGCUCUUUUGAAGUCCAAAGCCUUCAAGCCCUGA